UAGAAAGGCGGGGCAGCGCUAUUUGACGUUUGCGCUUUCCGAGGCGCCAGGUUAAUCUGGUCUGUGCAUGUUGGUUUUCUGAUUGUUAUGGGUUCGCUUAUUUGAAGUUAAGUACUUGCCUUUAGUAGGAAGAUAUGGCGUCAAAAGGGGCCAGACAGAGAGGGAAAGGAGGAGGUGGUAGUAGGCACGAUGGGACUGCAGCGGACACUAAAGCGAAAGAAGACGCCAGGACCAGCGAUUGUCACGGCAGGGAACAAGACACUAGGAAUGAGUCUUCUACCAGUAGAGCAGGGCAAGUUUGGGCACCUGAAGGAUCUACAGCUUUUAAAUGCCUUAUCUCAGCAAGGUUCUGUGCAGCUUUGUUGAGUAAUAUCUCUGACUGUGAUGAAACGUUCAACUACUGGGAACCAACACACUACCUUGUGUAUGGUAAAGGAUUCCAGACAUGGGAAUAUUCUCCAUUGUUUGCUAUUCGUUCUUAUGCAUAUCUGUGGUUGCAUGCUUUACCUGCUUGGUUCCAUGCCAAUAUCUUAAAGACCAAUAAGGUCCUUGUUUUCUACUUUCUGCGUUGCCUUUUGGCCUUUGUGAGCUGCGUUUGUGAACUGUAUUUUUACAAGACCGUAUGUAAGAAAUUUGGGCUUCAUGUUGGGAGGCUGAUGCUGUCCUUCCUUGUUCUUAGUCCUGGGAUGUUUUGCGCUGCAGCUGCAUACUUACCAAGCAGUUUCUGUAUGUAUACCACUGUGAUAGCAGUAACUGGCUGGUUUCAGGAACAUGUUGCUGUUGCAGUUUUAGGGGUGGCAGCUGGAGCAAUUAUUGGUUGGCCUUUCAGUGCGGUCCUUGGGUUACCAAUUGCUUUUGAUUUUCUUAUUAUCAAAAGGCGAUGGAAGAGUUUUAUUAAGUGGGCCCUUAUUGCACUGAUAGUAUUUCUGCUCCCUCUUGUGGCCAUUGACACAUACUACUAUGGGAAGUUAGUUAUUGCUCCACUGAAUAUUGUACUGUAUAAUGUCUUCACCUCUCAUGGUCCAGAUUUGUAUGGUACAGAGCCCUGGCCAUUCUACUUCAUUAAUGGUUUUCUAAAUUUUAAUGUAGCGUUUAUCUUGGCCCUUCUUGCCCUCCCGCUAACAACACUUAUGGAGUACCUGCUGCAGCGGCUCAAUGUGCAGAACCUUGGGAGACCUUUUUGGCUGACUUUGUCUCCAAUGUAUAUCUGGAUUUUGAUCUUUUUCGCUCAACCCCAUAAAGAGGAGCGUUUCCUCUUCCCUAUAUAUCCCCUGAUCUGCCUUUGUGGUGCAGUAGCACUUUCUGCUUUACAGAAAUGCUAUCAUUUCAUGUUCCAGUGGUACCACCUGGAGCACUAUACAACUUCCUCGAACUGGCUUGCACUGGGGACGGUUGUUGCCUUUGGAUUCCUGUCACUGUCCCGGUCUGUGGCAUUAUUCAGAGGAUACCAUGCACCCCUUGACCUUUAUCCAGAAUUCCAUAGGAUAGCUGUUGAUCCCACAGUUCACGCAGUGCCUGAAGGGAGACCAGUUCAUGUUUGCGUGGGCAAGGAGUGGUACCGGUUUCCUAGCAGCUUUCUUUUACCUGACAAUUGGGAGCUUCAGUUUAUUCCAUCUGAAUUUAGGGGCCAGUUGCCUAAACCAUAUGCUAAAGGAUCAUUGGCAACACGCAUUACUCCUACCGACAUGAACGAUCAGAACAGGGAAGAAACAUCACGCUAUGUUGAUUUAUCAAAAUGCCAUUAUCUUGUUGAUCUGGAUUUGCCGACAGAAGCACCAAGGGAGCCAAGAUAUGCUGUUAAUAAGGAUGAGUGGACAGUCAUAGCGUACAAACCCUUUUUGGAUGUUUCAAGGUCAUCAAAGCUGUUUCGAGCAUUCUAUAUUCCUUUCUUGUCGGAGCAGUAUACAACGUAUGCAAACUUUACCAUUUUAAAGCUGCGGAGAUCAAAACAAGCCAGGAAAAAGAGUGGAGGCUAGAAAUAUAUGCAUCCACGAGCCAAUAAAGGACAGCUACUAAAUAAGCUUUGGUAUCCCCUCUCAGAAAAAGCUUAUGAAAAAUAAAAAGAUGCACCUCUGUUAGAGUCAUCCCAGACGGCAUACACAGAAAAAAUGUAGCCAUAAUCAUAGCAAAAAUUUAUGUUUUAGUUUAGUUUUGAUAUUUUUAGAUGUACAGUGCUGGCCUCACUGAAAUUAUUCCUCCUGUUAAGGCUGGGUCCAUUAUAGGUUGCUUAGUGAAAACUGGGAAAUUGUUACUAUCAUUUAUUGCAUCUUGCGUAAGUGCACAGUUGGUCGAGAACAGCAUACUUAUUUGAAAUUUGUGUAAAUAUGUAAUUUCUCAUAUAUGUAGAGUAGCUUAUCGGGUAAGUGAAUGUGCUUGAUUGUACAUGUUAUCUUGUUAUGCAUUCAGUCACUCACUGUGUACAUUAAUGUCUGUGUGUAAUUACACAGUCGUGGCAUUGGCUAUCCGUAUUCUAAAAAGCAAUGGAACAUUGUUUUGAAAAAGGUGUAGUAUCAUUACGGACAUUUUGUACUGACAACAAAGAAUUUACAAGGCUGUUCGUGCCCUUUAAUAAUGCAGAGGACUGGACUGCACUUUCAGCAAAAUUAAGAUGCACCAUUUAUGAAUUGUUUGCCUUUUUGAUUACCUUAAUUAUAAGACAUUUCAUUUAUAUUAUCAUAUGUUUUCAGAAUAUGUAGAAGAAUGUUAAAAAAUUUUAACAGCAUGUUUCCUAUUUUCCUGCUUCCUCCAUCAAGACGUAACUGUAGCACACACAGGUUGUGCACAAAUAGCGACAGAAACCCUAAAGGGGUAUGAGAUCAUGUUUGGUGUAUGGUUAGUCAUGCUGACAUGUUUCAUGGUAUCUGUAUUUGUCAUUAUCCUACAUGUGUUUUCCAUUGCAAAGAAAAAAAACUCUCUGCAAUCUGAACUGAACUGAUGGCAUUAAAAUCUGGAGAAGACUG